ACCCACCCCACCCCCCUCCCUCUACAUAUAUUAUGAACUAUCAAGACAUGAUUUUGAAAUAGCCAGCUUUUUCUUCACAUCUUUUGUUUUCUUUCCCCCACUCCCAAAAACACUUUCACACAAUGCCCUUCUCUUCUUUCAAUCACCGACAACCCCUCCUCAUUCUUGAAGCCUUGUUUUUAGUGCUGCUGCCACUUUUGCUACUGCCACUCCCUUCUGCUUCAGCAAAGCUCUCAAGCACAAACACAACAACCAGAAACAAAGCAUUGCUCACUUCCUGCAACCUCUUCCAAGGAAAAUGGGUCCCGGAUCCCUCCUACCCUCUCUACCAGUCCUCGGGCUGCCCGUUCAUCGACCCGGAAUUCGACUGCAUCAAAUACGGCCGACCCGAUAAGCAGUUCCUCAAAUUCUCCUGGCAGCCCGACUCCUGCAACCCUCCCAGGUUUGAUGGGUUGGAUUUUCUCAAGAGAUGGAGUGGGAAGAAGAUUAUGUUUGUGGGUGAUUCACUGAGUUUGAAUCAAUGGCAGUCUUUGGCUUGUAUGAUUUAUGCAGCUGCUCCAAAUUCCAAAUACAACUAUGUUAGACAAGGCACCCUUUCUUCUGUGACAUUCUUGGAUUAUGGAGUUACAAUACUGUUGUACCGAUCACCGUACCUGGUUGACAUAACGAGGGAGAAUAUCGGGAGGGUGCUGAAGCUGGAUUCGAUUCAGCAAGGGAAUGCGUGGAGAGGGAUGGACAUGCUUGUGUUCAACACAUGGCAUUGGUGGACUCACAAAGGCGAUGAUCAAGCAUGGGACUACAUACAAGAUGGCUCCACCGUGUCCAAGGACAUGAACCGCCUGGUGGCCUUUUACAAAGGGUUGACAACGUGGGGACGCUGGGUUGAUCUCAACGUCGAUCCCACCAAGACGAGAGUGUUCUUCCAGGGGAUCUCUCCCACUCAUUAUCAAGGUAGGGACUGGAAGGCGGCGUCAAAGAACUGUAACGGCGAGCAGCAGCCUCUGGAGGGGUCGACAUAUCCAGGGGGGACGCCAGCGGAGGUGGAGGUUGUUAACAGAGUGUUGAGCAGGAUGCAGAAGCCCGUGUAUUUGCUGGAUAUUACGUUUCUGUCUCAGCUGAGGAAGGAUGCCCAUCCGUCUGCUUAUAGUGGCGAUCAUGCAGGGGUCGAUUGCAGCCAUUGGUGCCUCCCUGGGUUGCCGGAUACGUGGAACCAGCUGCUCUAUGCAGCUCUAGUUAUGUGAGCUUGUCUGUCUAUAAUUAGUUGCAUUUUCCCUCUGCUUUAGGGUGACUGAGAAACAACCAAAUGUGAAUUUGUCAUUAGUUUGAUUGAAGCAAUAAGUGGGAAAUACAAUAUAUUCAAAGUGUAAAAAUAUUCACUGAUUGCAUGAAUAGGAAAUGGUUUUUAAUUUC